CAAGGCAUCCAGUGAGAGGCAGAGCACACAAAGAGAAAUACCGACUCAAAUAGGUACAGCCUCACAGCUCAUCAACAGAUACAACGAUGGAGAAUGGAAUGGACGCCCUACAUGAUUCUGGAGUCCAGAUGGUCCACUACCUUCAAAGCAACUACAUGAGUUCGCAGGACUGGUUCAUGUUCAUCUCCUUUGCUGCAGAUCUCAGAAAUACCUUCUUCAUCUUCUUUCCUAUUUGGUUCCAUCUUUGUGAAUCAGUGGGCAUCAAACUCAUUUGGGUGGCGGUGAUUGGCGACUGGCUUAAUCUUGUCUUUAAAUGGAUUCUUUUUGGACAAAGACCAUACUGGUGGGUUCAUGAAACUGGUCACUAUGGAAACACCUCUGCUCCAGCCAUUGAACAGUUUCCUAUAACAUGUGAAACUGGACCAGGAAGCCCUUCAGGUCACGCUAUGGGGUCUGCUGGAAUAUAUUACGUCAUGGUAACUGCCAUCCUUACAAUCAUGUUGAAGAAAAGGGAAUCAACAAUAAAAAGCUGGUGCCUGAAAGGAGUGCUUUGGUCUGGGUUUUGGGCCGUUCAGAUCUGUGUCUGCCUAUCCAGAAUCUUCUUGGCUGCACAUUUCCCACAUCAAGUUGUGGCUGGAGUUAUCUCAGGAAUAGUUGUUGCCGAAGCAUUCCAUCACACACAAUCUAUCUAUAAAGUCAGCCUGAAGAAAUACAUCCUAACUACACUCUUCCUGACCUCCUUUGCUGUUGGCCUUUACUUAGUCCUAAAAGCUACGGGUGUGGACCUCCUGUGGACCAUGGAGAAGGCAAAAAGAUGGUGUGUCAGACCAGAGUGGAUCCAUAUUGACACUACUCCUUUUGCUGGCCUUUUUAGAAACAUGGGCAUCUUCUUUGGCUUAGGACUAGCUCUCAGCUCUAAACUUUACCAAGAAAGCUGCCAUGGAAAGCAUGGAAGCGAAUUUACCUUCCGUAUGUGCUGCAUCGCCGCUUCUCUUGUUGUUUUACACCUUUUUGACUCGUUCAAGCCACCAACUAAAGUGGAGAUGCUUUUCUAUGGUCUCUCAUUCUGCAAAAGUGCUGCUGUACCCCUGGCUGCUGUGGGAAUCAUCCCUUACUGUGUUUCUCAGCUUCUUCACCAACAGAGCAAAAAGAAUCUUUAAUGUAUAUACUGUAUAUUGUUUUUAUAAUGAUAUAGCUUUAAUACAUUUUAUUGUUGGUAUGUACAGUCCAAACGUCACACAACCGUUGUAAAAUGCAAGUAUCUUCUGUCUGCAUGGAAAAUGCGAUAGUUCACCCAAGGGAAACCUAAACAAAAAAGAUGUCUUGCUUUUAUCUGGUUGACAUCCAUGGAUUUCCAAAGAAUUCCAAAAAUGUUGGAGUUUUGUGCAGACUGAACAACUUUGAAGAAAUGUCUUGCUGAGUCGAAAUAGGUUGGAUUAAAAGUAUUGCAGGGUUUUAAAGCUACCAUGUUCCAUUAGCUCAGUACAUUUUCAAGAAAAUUUCUGUUGAGGAUCUUAAGAAACUUCCAAGCUAGUGAGCCACAAUAAAUGUUAAGGGUUCUCAGAAUGUAUGUGCCAUGUCACCUGAAAAAAAUCUGAAUGAAAGGCGGAAACAAACACUAAUAUCCAUAAUCCGUAGGAGUUGUUAAUAUUUCUUGCAAAUUUUUCAAGUUAUCGUUUCUCCAAUUGCAACUUCCAUCGUUUAUGGCUCAGUAGCAGUGUAAACAGGUGCACACUAGGAUUUUUAAAACUGCAUAUACCAGAGGUUACAGGUUAGAUGCCCUGGUAAUAAAAAAUCCUUCACUUGUAUGUGGGAAGUAACC